UAGAGAUGUGUGUACAGACGAGAGGGAGUGAGGAGCGGAUUGGCAGCGCCGCUUAGGAUCUACCGAUAAUAGAAACGGCUAAUGUGGUCAUGUUGCCUGAAUUCUUGUCGCGUUGGCUGCGUUUUCUCUAAGCGGCUCAGAGGAGCGCAUCAUCGGGUGGAAUAAAUUGCGUCGCUGCUGGAGGAGAACACGACCCCCUCCUCUCCUCUCCUCUCCUCCCUCCCUCCCCCCCAAAAUAAGAAUGGGGUCUCAUAACGCAACACUAAGGCGAAGAUAAAACUUGACCUCACGUUUACUCACCCAAAUGGCAAAUCUUGCGAAUUAUCCAGAAGGCAGCGCCGCCAUGCUGAUGCUGGAAGCGCAGCAGAGGUCUGUCGGAGCUUCACCAGCUUCAAACGGUGGCCCCACCAGUGGGGAUCCCCCUUCUUCCCCUCUGAACAGCGGCGGCGUCAGCAGCACUCGCCUCCAUCAUCAUCAUCACCAGCAGCAGCAGCAGCGGGCGACACCACCGAACACACAUCCACCACAGGACCAUCAACAACAUUUCGAUCAUGAAAACUAUCAACAGUCUCCAGUGCGAAAAAGCCUCUUGUCCAAUCUUAAACCAGGAGUACAUGAGGACUCUGCUGCUACAAGCCACACACAGGCUACCUCAUCCGCCACUACUGCCAUGGCUGUUAACACCGGCGCCGCUGCUCCAGACGGGCUGGACGACAUUAGGAAGUGCGGUUACCUGAGAAAGCAGAAACACGGCCAUAAGAGGUUCUUCGUCUUGCGCUCGGCGAGCCGCUCGGGGCCGAGCCGACUGGAGUACUAUGAUAGUGAAAAGAAGUUCCGUAGUAGCCUCCGCUCUGCUGCUGCCGCUGCUGCCUCAUCCUCAUCUUCAUCCUCAUCCACCGGUACUGCCGCAGCGAGCGCUUCUCCCAAACGUGUGAUUUAUCUCUACCAGUGUUUCACUGUCAACAAAAGGGCGGAUUCAAAGAACAAGCACCUCAUAGCUCUUUAUACCAAGGAUGAAUACUUUGCAAUUGUAGCCGAAAAUGAGCAAGAGCAAGAGGACUGGUACUUGGCGCUCAGCGACCUGAUGAAUGAAGGCAAAAAGAGCCACACGGAGGCUGACGAGCUCGAUGACGCCUAUGGUACAGUAACACCAGGCACCGUCUUCAAAGAGGUCUGGCAGGUAAACGUGAAACCCAAGGGCCUAGGGCAAACUAAGAAUCUCACGGGUGUGUACAGACUGUGCCUCUCUUCUAAAACCAUCCAUCUAGUGAAACUGAACUCUGAAACCCCGUGCGUAAACUUGCAGCUGAUGAACAUCAGGCGCUGUGGCCACUCUGAGAGUUUCUUCUUCAUAGAGGUUGGGCGCUCUUCUUCAAUUGGUCCUGGGGAGAUAUGGAUGCAAGUGGACGAUUCUGUGGUGGCUCAGAGUAUGCAUGAGACCAUUUUAGAUACCAUGAAGGCUCUGAAGGCCUACGCUGAGUUCAGGCCGAGGAGUAAAAGUCAGUCGUCAGGCUCUAACCCAAUGGCUUUCAUGACCACACGUCGCCACCUGGGAAACCUCCCACCCAGCCAGACAGGACUCCAGAGGCGGUCUCGGGCUGAGUCUGUGGUUGGCACCCCACCUAGCAGUAAGAGCAGUGGUGCGAGCGGAUACAGGUUUCGCACCUCCAGUGAAGGCGAGGGCACCAUGAACCGCCCGUUUCGGUCAGUCACAGGAAGCCUUAUCCAUCUCAAUACAGCCCGUGCCAAUUUGGGUAGACAGGAGAGCAGUGGUGGAACGGGCAGCCGAUAUGUACGAGCCCCACCAGGUGCCACCUAUCAUGCACGGUCUGCCUCACUUCCAGUGUCUCACUUCCCCUCCACCACUAGUCCUGUCAGUAUGUCCAGUAGCAGUGGCCAUGGUUCCGUCACCGAUACCAAUACCCGGCCUUCCAGCGCUUCCAUCUGCGGUUCUCCUAGUGACGGAGGAUUCAAUUCCUCUGAUGAAUACGGCUCCAGCCCUGGAGACUUCCGCUACUUCAGAGUACGCAGCAACACACCUGACUCGCUGAGCAACACGCCACCCAUCCGGGAGGAGCACUGUCUCAGUGACUACAUGGCUAUGAGCUGGAGCCGAGACACGUUCAGUGGGAGUGCCGGGGAGGCUUCCCGCGAUGAAACUGCUGAUGAAGAUUCCCGGUCAUUUAGGAGGCGCACUCCUUCCUUUUCCAGACAGGUAGGAGCUGGCAGUGCAGGCGGAGUGGCUGUUUACCAGAAGAUGACUCAGACCAACUUUGCGCUGGACGAGGCUGUAAGUGAGGGAAGCUUUCUAGGCAGUAAUGGCCAGCUUGCCUCCAUCUCUUCAUCACUUCGCUCUGAUUACAGCUCCAGCUCUGAACACAGCCAGGACCACCUCCCUGCACUACGGGCUGCUGACUCCUUUAAAGAUGAUGGAUAUAUGCCCAUGAUGGCUGGUGUGGUUCCCUCUACACGAGAUACAGAUUACAUGCCUAUGCAACCCAGUCCUCUUGUCUGUGCCUCACCACAACAAACCCAGAGCAUGGCCUCACCUCCCUCUCAGCACAUGGACUCACAAGGCUACAUGAUGAUGCUCCCAGGUGGGAAUGGAGGUGCAGACCCCCCAGCACCACCCAGCCCUCACAUUAGCAGUAGGGACCUUACUCAGAGAGGUAAUGAGCGUCCUGAAAAUGGAGAAUACAUGGACAUGUCUCAGAGCAGGCCUGUGGCAAGCAGACGAAAAUUCUCGAAUGACAGUUACUACACACUGACCGCUCCUGAGAUACCCAAAUCCUACAGUUCGUAUUUCUCCUUACCACGUUCAUACAAAACCCCAGCAAAACAUCGGCGUGAGCAUGACGAAUACGUUCCCAUGAGUUCACCUGCCAAACCUGUGUACAUCUCUCCGAGUACCACACCCGAGCAUAAUGGCUGUAGUGAUUGCCAUUCUGCAUGUCCAAACCGCCUCUCUCUUAGCCAACGCGGUUUCCAUGGGUCUUUACAGGCGAGUGACCUGGUGGAAUGUCCCUCCAGUCCUGGAGAGUACAUUAACAUUGAGUUUGGCGACCAGGCUUCAUACUCGCUCGCUACAGAAGACACUCUCACCAGCCAAAGCACCCACCGGCAGGACCGGCACUCUCCCCUUCCCCAGGAUUACAUGAGUGUGGAGGUGGAUGGCCUUCCACCCAAAAGCCAGUCUUCACGUUCAUCACUGGUGGCCCCUUGGAACCCCCCUACUUACAUUCGUACUAGUGGCGGUGGAGUCACUCUGGGACAGCCGGAUGACUACACGGAGAUGAGCUGCGGUCCGUGUGAGGAGCGUAACAGCCCCACAACAAUGCUGCAACACCUUAGUAUUUGUGAACAGAGGUAUCCAAGCUCUAGCACACCUGUUGAGCCAAAGGUCAUCCGUGCAGACCCCCAGGGCAGGCGGAGACACAGCUCUGAGACUUUCAUCACAUCUACAGAAGUGACAGGAGCGAAUGGCCUGGACAACAGUGCCUCUGGGCCUAGCACUGUGUCUCAGGUGGAGGAUAAAAAGUGGCAGAGCUCAUCAUCCUUUGACAGCACAUGGAUGUGUGUGGAGAACAAAGCAGCAGGUGACGCAGAGGAAGCACUGGGCCUCUCCUCAGACCGAGCUGAAGCAAGUGCCUCUUCCAUGAGAACCAGAAGGACUCUAUCUGUGGAACACCAAAAUGGCCUCAACUACAUUGCCCUGGAUCUGAGAGAAGACGAAGGGACUGAGAGUGCCAGCGCUGAACCCCAAAUGCCGACCUCGGGCAUGCUGAUCCCAGAAAAUGGGGAAUACGCCAGCAUAGAUUUCACUAAAUCUGAGCGGAUCCCUUCUAAAGAGUAAAGAUGAGCUACGUGGCUGCAUUUUUGGAGAAUGGAGGAGCCACCGAGCCACACCAGCCUGUCACACACACCCUGCAGAAACGACCCCAGGGACCUCCACUUUGUUUUCUCGUCAUGUCGUCGCUUAAUAAAUUAAGAGCGCUUUAUUUUCUGGGUUGGUGUUUGAAGUCAGUGCUAUUUUGCUCGUUAUUUAAAUGUUUUACUUUUUACUUUGACAUGCAGAGAUCCCAAUACUGCCGUCAGCAGUUUCAUCCACACAGGUACACAGCGAUGUUUAUGAUGAAACAUUACUGAGUGCUUAAAAUGCAGUCAUUAUAACUUAGAUUUCAGGUUCAUAUUAUUAUUAUUAUUAUUUCUUUUUCUUUUCCUUGCUGGGCAGACACACUGUAUGCACAGAUUGUAAUUUUUCAGGGGUUCACCUGUGAGAGACAUUUACACUUCUUUUUUUUAAAAGCUUUUUACUGCAUCUGUAAGUUUACAAGUAUGUGUUCCUCCCCAUAACUUUGCUUAAAAAGAAGUCCUCCACAUCCAGGCAUGCUGUCUGUGCUAUCCCAUAAUCCCAGUGGCUAUCACGCACUCUGUGACGUGCUAUUGAGCUGCGUCGACCCUAUGCUGGGCCCCAGGUGCAACGUGCUGUACAUUCUUCAUGUGUGACACAGACCGACUGUACUCCUGCAGUCCUCCACUCCCCCUUUCCUUUCUUCCUUGGUAGGGAGCACACUGCCUCUUCUCCUCAUUACCAAAUAUGCAGGAUUGACACAAGGGGAGGAGCCGGGUGGAAGAAAAGAGGAAGCGUCUAUUCUGGGACUAAACAAAAUGCCAGAGGAGAUCUGCUACAGUCUCCGAGCACUCGCAGGGCCAGCGUAGGGUCACAGAUAGCGUUACUAUAACUGACAUGACUGAAAGCAGCUCAUGAGGGUUCCUCAUACAAGGAAGCUCCUCGUAGAGGCUCAUGCUAAUUAUGAUAUUAACAUUAACUCGGCAGCGUUCAAAUGAAAUGGUCCCAGCGUCAGUAAGCAAAGCUCUAAUCAGUGCACUGUUGUUUUGAACACACCCAGAACACACUAAGAUAGCAAGAGAAUAGAAACAUUAAGCCUUCUGAGAGGCUUCUUUUUAUUAUCCAGCAGUUUUUCAUUUUUGUCAUCUUCUCAGUAUUGUUCACAUGCUUUGAGUGAGUGCCUCAGUGAGACAUCAUGGCACAUGAUUAAAGCUUUGCCUUACUGUUGUAAUUUAUUGUAGUCUGUGUCGACUUUUUUUUUUUUAUGAAAGAAACCUACAGAGAGCAGUUGUGAGACAAAAAGAGAUCUGGUACUUUAUCUCCAGCUUGACAUUGAGGUGUUUUUGGCUUGUUGGGUACAAGGAAACAAGUCCCUCUGUUCAUUUCGGUACGGUUGUUCAAAGCAAACCAAAUGUGAAACAUUUUAUUUGAUGCUUGUACUGAAAAUGACAAAAAAAUAGAGAUAUUUUCACGGUAUGUUGUAAAAUUGUUGGUACUUUAAAGUUAAAAAUGUGAAUGUAACUAACCUCUUGAAACUCAAGUCCUUCGAUAUCUCAGUCCCUUCUGGUUAAGGGAUGUUUCCUCUCUCUCGCUCUCUCUCUCUCGCUCUCUCUCUCUCUCUCUCUCCCAUGUUUUCUAUCAGAUUCACAUCUUAGAAAGCACAGGCCGCAGUGACAGACCGUCUUUCAAAGAAAACAGGGCAUGUUUGAACUAGCUCUUAAAUUUUUUUAUGAUAAAAAGAAGUGUACUAGAAAUGUUGUGGAAUGAACACGGGUUUUGAUUUCUUCAGUCCUGUUUUUAGGUACAGUACUACAGUAAUCUGUGUUCCAGAGACAUUCAUGACUGAAAGAGCUACUUCGGAACUAUUUUUCAAAACCUGCCUCAAAACAAUGUCGAGUAGAUUGGAAAAGAUCUGGCAAAAGCUGCUGUUUAUUGUUUGUUCGAGUGAAUAUUUUGUUGUACUGUGUUGCAAAUUUUUUUGUUGUUGUUGAGAAAUUACAAUCCAAAUAGCAAGUAUUUCAAAUGCCGAAUGACAAUAUACACAGAUGCACAGUGAUACAGCAUUAAUAUGCAAAUUCAGUUUAGCUUUCCUUUAUUUAAGAUCGAGUGUAAAGAUUUGAUCUCCUUGGAAUUGUAUGGAAUUAGAUAUUUUUCUGAAUCUCAACUCGUGCUUUCCCUGGAGUGGUGAGGCAUUUUUGCAGUUUUGUAAAAUGUAUUUUGUUACAGUUGUAUUUUUAUUUUGCUGCUGUGUUUAAAAAAAAAAAAAAAAGGGAAAAAAUUUGGGCAGUUAUGAUCUUUGUGAUUACAGUGAUGGACAAAGCUGUCAUGGGAUCUGCUUUUGGUUAAUGAAAUUUGAAUGCUUUUGCUGGCAGAGUAGCGUUCAAAUGUGGAGGUUUAAGCCUCCUGCAUUCAUUUUACUUUUUUUUUCUCUCGUAUAGAAAGGGGAAGAACAAGAGGAGGGGGAAAAGCAUAUUAACCUUUCAUGGGUGCAUCCACUGUACAUACGGUUUUAUUUCAUGUUGACCCCCCGCCCCCUCUUUUUUUUUUUUCCCCCCUUUGGCUGGGAAAAAAGGAGAGCGGUCGCAAAUUUUGGAGCAUUACAUAGUGUUUAUAUUUAUCAGACGUUUUGCUUUGAAUAGAGCUAUUGCAAUAAAAAUGUGGUAAUGUAA